AUGGCAGCCCCCAGAGGCGCCGCCCAGGGCCCGGCCGGCGGCACCGCACGGCCGCCCACAGAGCGCGCGCCGCAGCCCCGCCCCGGCCCCGCCCACCGGAAGUUUCCAUUUGAAACCCCGGCGGCAGACGCGGCCGGCAGCGCGGCCGUUUCCGCGGAGGACCUUCUGAGUCGGAGCGACGAGGGCUACGGGCGGGAGCAGCAGGCGCCUGGGGCCAAGCCUUGCCGCCCCGCGACCAUGACCAGCGUGGCUAAGACCGUGCACACCCUGCAGCCCGCCUCGGUGCUGAGCGGCGGCCCGCUCGCCGACCCACAAACUCGAGCCACUUCUAAGAGCUUAUUACCUGUGAAGUCGAAAGAAGCCGAUGCUUCCAGAUCUCUUCAUCCAGGAGUUUCAGAAAAUGAUGUAAUGAAAGGCAUCAAACCGAGACGAGAGAAUGGGCAGGGGAAAGCUGCAGAUACUGCCAUCAAGAGGAACAUCAAAAAGAGCUACAGGCCAUUGAGUAAGCAGAAGUCAGAGGAAGAGCUCAAGGAUAAGAACCAGAUCUUAGAGGCCGUCAACAAGCAGUUACACCAGAAGUUGACUGAAACUCAGGGAAAGCUGAAGGACCUGACUGAAAAGGUGGAGCUGCUGCAGAAGUUUCAGGACAACAGUUUGGCGAUUUUGGAGAGCAAGGGCCUCAACCCAGACAGUGAAACCCUGGAAUCACAGCAGGAAUCCAACCCGGAUCACAUGGACUCGAUGUUGCUGUUAGAAACUUUGCAAGAUGAAUUGAAGCUUUUUAACGAAACAGCAAAAAAACAGAUGGAGGAGUUACAGGCCUUAAAAGUAAAGUUGAAGAUGAAAGAAGAAGAGAGGGCCCGGUUCCUAGAGCAGCAGACCCUAUGUAACAGCCAAGUAAAUGAUUUUACAGCAGCCCUUGAGGAAAUGGAGCAGCUAUUAGAAAUGUGAUAAAAAGCAAGUGGCCAGAUGGCUCUCUCUCGGGGAUUAACUCUCGGAGGAAGCCACUAAGGACAUUGCUUCUUGGCCAUGAUCUUCACCAUUCCAAGAAUGAAACCAGUUUGUGCAGUAGGAUUAAGGAUAGUUAAUGCUGGAAUGGCAGUUCCUCCUUUAAGAAAGUGUUCUCACUCGUCAGAUUGGCCAGCUCUCUGAACCUCACAUGUACAUAAUUGAGGUCUACAAGAAGGGAAUCUGGAAGCUUGGAUCAACUCCUAGGCAGCAAAGCGACCCACUGUUAGAAACAGGAGACUAAACCAGCCACAGCCAGAGGAUCCAAAAGGUCACAUCCAGAUGUGCAGGAGAAACCCUGAAUCGUACCAUGGGGCACAGGUCUCCACAGGAAACGCCACUGAGGAGCCCUGCAGGCCCUCUAAUUUGGACACAUGGGAACUUAAAGUCACUUGAAAUGGCUUAAUAAAUGGGGUGAAGGUAUAGAUAGCAAUAACACCAACUGAAACAAUACACUCUGGAGCUUUAAAUCACUUCUGUGUUUUUUAUAUGUUUAUAUAUAUAUAUAUAUAAAGUGCUAAUUUUAAAAUAAAUAUUUCUGUAACUUCAGAUUGCAAUGA